AACCUAUCCAUUAUUCUUUUUGGAGAAAGCGCCAAAAAGGAAAGCGGGCAGCAGCCUCACUGCCCGUUAUCUCCCCCUUGGAUGGAUCACUCAAAGGACAGCCGUUCAACACUAAAGUCAUCCAUCUAUCCAUCCAGGACAUGGAGCCCUGAGGCCGUAGUAGAGCCCACCAGAGCAAAAGAAGAAAUCACGAGAGUUUCUGUAGCGUCCUCGCAGUCAUGCUUGCUGGAGAUUGCCCAUUAGUGUCUGUUACUCUCGGAGCCGCCGCAGUUGCGAUAUUAAAUGAUGGGCACCCUUUACUGUGGACGGAUGGAAGGAUGGGAGGGCGAUGGCCCCCUUGCAUCUUUCUGCUGGAGCUUGCAGCAUUUAGAGCUCGCAGUUGUGGAGUCAGUAACAGGUUGUUCGAGAUUCUGAGUUGUUCGAGAUUCAGGAAGUACUCGGAUUCAAUGAGAAGAAGGCAGCGAUGGCGAGCAUCAGGAGGCAGCGGAGCGCUCUUACGUGGACCGUGCUAACUGCGCUCUACGUGGUGUCGUGGAUUAGCUUGGUAGAAAUCAGUUCUAAGGCACUCCCGAACUGCUCGUAUCCUGCAGUGUAUUCCUUCGGUGACUCGCUCUCGGACGUCGGCAAUAGUAUCACAACUUUCCCGGAUAAGUUCGCACUGUCCGAGCUUGAUCCCUUCGAAGUGGAAUACCCCAUGCACGCCGAUGAUCGACUAAGCGACGGAAAACUCUUGGUUGACUUUAUAGGUGAUGGUCGUGCUCUUGGACUCAGAAACUGCUGUGGAUCAGAAGUAAUCCGUGUCAUUGAGGUUUGUGUUGAUCGAUUCUGCCCGACUUUGCAGAGUUUGGAGUGGGAGGUAGCCCAAACUUCCCCUGGUUGCGUAGCAUUGCUGUUGACUUCGAGUUCGGAACAAACUUCGCAUCGGCAGGAGGCUCCGCACGCAACUCCACCGGAUGGAAGCCACUUGAAAGCUUUACCACACCUUUCUCGCUCAAUGUGCAGGUUCAGUGGUUUGAGCGGUACACAGUUCGCCUUUCCACCUAUUACUACUUCAAAAACACUUUUGGGGAUGUCGCCGGUAUGUUUUCGAUUCAUUCAAGAAUCUUCACGAUGUGCAUCACAAAGUUUGGCAGCACCGAGGUCUUUUGUCGCUGACAUUUUUCGUCAUUUAUUGGUGUUCGUGGUGGCAACAAAGCUACCUGCCGAGAAUUCAAUCAACCAGUCCCUGUACACCGUAUUCGCGGGCUUCCAUGACUACGUCUUCGAUCUUUAUACGACGAAACUAUCGCCGGGGGAAGCAUUGGACGCGGUCUCUGACGUCGUGGACGCCAUGGUUACGACGAUUGAGGAUCUGGUUAAGCUUGAAGCCAAAGACAUCUUGGUUGUGAACUUGCCGCCUCUGGGGUGCAUACCUGCUCUACUAACCUUGUUCCCAGGGAAUAGUUCAGAUCAGUACGACGCCUAUGGCUGUCUGUAGCAAAUCAACCUGAUCUCCGUCACAUACAAUGAAUUGCUCACAAACAAGGUUACUGAAUUGCGAACCAAAUAUCCCAAGAUCAAAUUGUACCUCGGCAGCUCGCAUGAUGUCUACAUCGACAUUCUCAAGGACCCUGCGAGCUAUAGUGAGGCCAACGAAUUGUGAAAUCCAUCUCUUUGAUAUCCCAUUUGAAAAAGUGCAACCGGGAUAUUGUGCAUAGACACUAUAGUUUCAAACGUAAUCUCAAAGUGCUCAUGAUCUCCGACAUACGUUUUAAUAUUUUGUUUUCAGAUGUAGGCAGCCUGCGGCUUUGGCGGUAAGUACAACUUCAACACGGAAGUGAGGUGUGGGGAAACUGGCGUCAUUGACGACAAAGUAGUGAACCUUACCGUAGCUAACCAUACAACCACCGCGAAAUACUUGAGCUUCGAUGGUAUCCAUCUCUCCAACAUUGCCAACAAGGUCAUUGCAAGAGCUUUCUUUGACGGUAAGCUUAUCACGCCCGCGAGGGGGUUCAAUUGCACGCCUGACUAUUCACUGUUUAAUAGUAGGACGUAGAGAGUGGCCUUGGGCUGAUGCUCAACAACACAAUCAAGACCUUCGCACUAUACACCAAACUUGAUGUACGAUGAAAUUCUGAAU